AUGCUGCAGUUAAAACCUAGGAGAAUAAUUUUCAAUAUUUCCCAAAAUUUCCAGGUUAUUCAAGUUGUAGGUGAGGGGGCAUAUGGAGUCGUUUGCUUAGCUAUCCACAAGCCGACUGGAAUCAAGGUAGCAAUAAAAAAGCUUGAACCUUUUGAAAAGCCACUAUUCUGUCUUCGGGCGCUAAGAGAGAUUAAGCUCUUAACCUAUUUUAAAAAGCAUGAAAAUAUCAUUUCAAUCUUCGAUGUUCAGAAGCCACUUAAUUUUGAAAACUUCAAUGAAAUUUACUUAAUCCAAGAAUACAUGCCCAGUGAUUUACAUAAAACAAUAGCCACACAAAAUCUUACCGAUGAUCAUAUCCAAUAUUUUGUAUAUCAAAUAUUGAGGGGAUUAAAACUAAUUCAUAGUGCUAAUGUCAUUCACCGAGAUUUAAAGCCUUCGAAUAUACUUGUGAAUGAGAAUUGUGAUUUGAAGAUCUGUGAUUUUGGACUAGCAAGACUAGAUAUUUUAAAAGAGGGAUGCAACAAGAGAUUGGCAAUUAAUUCAGGCAUAUCAAUGUUAACAGAGUAUGUUGCAACACGGUGGUAUAGGGCACCAGAAAUUAUGUUGACAUCCUCACAAUAUUCAACAGCUAUAGACAUGUGGUCAGUAGGCUGUAUAUUAGCGGAAUUAUUUACAUGUACUCCAUUGUUUCCUGGAAAUGAUUAUAGGCAUCAAUUGAUACUAAUUUUCCAACUACUUGGCACACCAACAGAAGCUGAUUUGACUUGUAUAAAAUCACAAAGAGCUAAAAAUUACAUUAAGACACUUCCAUAUUGUAGUCCGUUGAACUUGGAUCAGGUAUUUAAUAGACAUCCGAAUCGUGCCAAAAGAUUUGCCGGUCAACCAAUAAACCCUUUAGGACUUGACUUGUUAAAGAAAUUAUUAGUGUUUGAUCCCAAAGAGAGAUUGACAGUAGAAGAAGCAUUGGAACAUCCCUAUGUUUCUACAUACCACGACCCGGAAGACGAACCAACGAUUGCGCCCAUACCACACGAGGAAUUUGAAUUUGACAAGAGCAAGGAUAAAUUGAGCAUUCUUGAACUCAAACGACAAUUAUACAAUGAUAUAAUUAAAUGCAACCGGUGA